GUUCCAGAGCAGCCGGUGGCAGGGUUGAGAGGCCUGGUAGCCAUAGGCCGUGGAGACCCCGGGGGCAUGAGGCGGCAGGAGGCGCUGGUGGUGACCGCAGGGACAGCCUCGGAGGCGGUCCGCGAUGGGGACCAGCCUAGGCCGGCAGGGCUGGGGUGCCGCGCGCGUGCUGAGCCUGGUGGCCCCCAAGAGUCUCGCCAACAAUGGAAGACGUUUCUGUACUGCGAGCCCCAUAAGAGAAUCAAGGAGGUCUUGGAAGAAGAACUUUCUAUCAAGAGGGAUGAGCGUCACGUGAAGAGCCCGCCUGCAGUGGCCCUGGAUGGAAUCUGGAACAUUCGAAGGAACCUCCCAGUGGGAGGCACGAUCCCCGGACAGCAGAGCAGAAACAGCUCACUCCCACAAGCCAAGUACUACUCGAGGCACGGAGGACUGAGAACGUCCACUCCCACUGCCAUACCUACUGCUCGAUGCGAUGCGCAAGGAGCUCUUAGCCCUCUGGGAGCCCAGGCCCGUGCACACCCUUUGAAGAGCUGCCUGCCUCAUGGCUUGUUUUCAGAGCAGCGGUAA